AUGCUCAAUGAUUUCGUCGAUGCAUCACGAGCCUCGGCGAAAGAAGACAGCUGGGUGCUGGUUGUUCAGCCGGCUCUGUUCUUAGGAGAACAAAGAUUUCAAUAUUACUACGUGGUCCCCAACUGUCGCACCAUUGCCUGGUUAGAAGAAUUGAAUGGUAUCCUUCUCUUUCGAGAGUGUAUCAAGCCAAGUGAAUGGGGCCAUAAGAAACUCGAACUUGAAGCUCAAUAUUGGUUCUCAAUGAUCGGCAGGAGACACUUUGAGUUCUUCCCCCACCACUUCAAAAUGGUAACGUCCAAAGUGAGAGGCAUACGGAGAGAAGUUAUUUGCUAUCUCGGUGAAGCGACAAUUUUGAGUCAAUCCACGGCCGCGUCAAUAUUCUGGACUUUGGACGACAUGAGUCUGAUUAUCACACAGCUGGCCAAUAUUGUGAGAGAGAGGCCUAGAAAGUACAAAUUCCUGUCUUGGAUGGCCAACAUCGCAGCUACAAUGCUAUGUAUGCUGAUCACUAUCGAAUGCAUCAGGAGUACUUCUGUCGAUGGUAUCAUCAAUGGGGUGGAAGUACAGACAUUUAUCAAUGAUUUCAGCAGUCAGACCAAAAGCCAAAUCAUCCUAGUGUCGGUUGCAUUUUCGUGGGUACAAUGGUACAGCACUUUUGUGAAAGAAUGA